UAACUUUCCUCUAUAUUAUCUUUUAAAAUAGAUAAAACUUUUUUAUAGAGGCAUAUUUUAUAGAAAUUCCACUUCUAUAAUAGAAAUUUCAAUUUUAGAGAAAAAUAUGAAAACAUACAUUGAAGAUACUCUUAGAUUCGAAUUUUAAUAAUUGUAAAAGAUAUUUAAUAAUUGAUUCUUAUCCCUCAUCUAAAGAAAUUAGACUUUGACCCAAAACUUAUUGAAUUCAGAAAAAAAUACAAAGAAAGGAAAAACUAGUUAGGAAAACAUGACUACAGAAGUUGCUGACCAAAAGAUAAAUCAUUAUUUAAUUUGAUAUUAUCCUGUAACACAUUCUUAUUUGAUUACUAAUGUAGAUAGGAAUGCACAAAAUUACUCACUCAGUCAUCUUCCACGUAGUAAGCUAAGAUCCAAUCCAAACUCUAGCCUUUAUAUAUUAAUCAACUUUACUCAAAAGAUGGAGUAGUACCAUACUUGCUCCCUUCACAUAAUACUAUCAACUUCAACAAUAAUCCGAUCUUUUCAAAGUGAAGAUUGAAGAUAAAACUUUAAUAAAAUAAAAAUGGGUGAAAACAAUGGGAAGAGUGGAUGCUUUAGUGUUACAAUAGUUGUUUGUAUAUUUUUGAUCGUGGGAUUAGAUGUCAUCGCUGGUUUGGUGGCAAUUCAAGCCGAAGUCGCCCAAGAAGAGGUGAAACACAUGAAGGUGUGGUUACUCGAGUGUAAAGCUCCAAGCCAAAAAGCUUUCGUGUUGGGGAUAAUAGCAUUAGCAUGUUUGGCAGCAGCUCAUAUAUUCGCCGUUAUGAUAGGAUGCAGUCUCUCCAAUAUAUUCAAAGUACUCGCCGUACCUAAGAUGUGUGCAUACAUCAACAUUGCCUGUCUUUCUCUCACUUGGAUCGUAGCAACUGCGGGAGCGGGGAUACUUACGAUGGGGAUAUGGACGAACAGAGAGUCGAGAUCAAAAUGUGGAUUCACAAACAAACAUUUUUUGUCUUUCGGAGGCAAAGUGUGUUUCCUUCAUGCCAUUAUCUCUGUCGUUUUGUAUUUAACAAAUAUCAUCUCUAAAAAAUGUCGUUUGUGAAAUGUUUGUAUGCAUUAAUGCUAGUUUGU